AUGAAGAUUUUGGCUUUUAUUUUCAUCGUCUUGGCUGCCCUGGUGACUUCGACUUACGGUGGUGGUUUCGGUGGAUUUGGAGGAAUUGGGGGCGGUGGUGGGUUCGGUGGACAUGGAGGUGGUGGGUUCGGUGGACAUGGAGGUGGUGGCUUUGGUGGAUUUGGAGGAAUUGGGGGCGGUGGUGGCUUCGGUGGACUUGGCGGUGGUGGCUUUGGUGGACAUGGAGGAUAUGGGGGAGGUGGUGGAUUUGGUGGAUUCGGUGGCAAAGGCGGUGGAGGUGGUGGCUUUGGUGGAUUCGGUGGCAAAGGCGGUGGAGGUGGUUUAGGUCGCGGGGGAGGCGGAGGUGGUCAUGGCUACUGGCGUUAA